AUGGAGGAAAGGAAUGUUUUGAUAAGCAUGCGUGAAGAUCGUUCCUUUCACGUGCGAUACAGGAUGGAGGCUUCCUGCCUAGAGCUGGCUUUGGAAGGCGAGCGCCUGUGUAAAGCAGGAGAUUGCCAAGCUAUCUUUCUUUUCUUUGAAGCAGCGGGUCCGGGUGGUACGGCAGCUGUUCAGGUUGGAACGGAAGACUUAAAAACACUCAGUGCUAUUUACAGCCAGUUGGGCAAUGCCUAUUUCUACCUGCAUGAAUAUGCAAAGGCCUUGGAAUACCAUCACCAUGACUUAACUCUUGCAAGGACCAUUGGAGACCUACUGGGAGAAGCUAAAGCUAGUGGGAAUCUGGGCAACACCUUAAAGGUACUUGGGAAUUUUGAAGAAGCUAUUGUUUGUUGUCAGAGACAUCUGGAUAUUUCUAGAGAGCUUAAUGAUAAGGUUGGAGAAGCAAGAGCACUGUAUAAUCUGGGAAAUGUGUAUCACUCUAAAGGGAAAAAUGUAGCUAGUGCUGGGACUCAUGAUCCAGGAGAACUUCCAGAUGAUGUGAAAAAUGCUUUACAAAAAGCUGCAAAUUAUUACGAGGAAAACCUGACAAUAGUAACGGAGCUGGGUGAUAGAGCAGCACAAGGACGUGCCUUUGGAAAUCUGGGAAACACACACUAUCUUCUGGGCAACUUCAGGAGUGCAGUUUUAGCCCAUGAACAGCGUCUCCUAAUUGCAAAAGAAUUUGGUGAUAGAUCAGCGGAAAGACGAGCGUACAGCAAUCUCGGAAACGCCUACAUAUUCCUGGGGCAAUUUGAAACUGCUGCUGAAUACUACAAACGGACGUUACAGCUGGCUCGACAGCUGAAGGACAGAGCUGUGGAAGCACAGGCCUGCUACAGCCUGGGGAACACGUACACUUUGCUUCAAGACUACGAAAAGGCGAUUGAUUAUCACGUGAAGCACCUUGUGAUUGCUCAGGAAUUACGUGAUAAAAUUGGUGAAGGCAGAGCGUGCUGGAGUUUGGGGAACGCGUACACUGCCCUGGGAAAUCACGACCAAGCUAUGCAUUUCGCAGAAAGGCACCUGGAGAUCUCAAGAGAGGUGGGAGACAGGAGCGGGGAACUCACUGCUAGACUCAAUCUCUCAGAUCUUCAGAUGGUUCUUGGGUUAAGCUACAGCACAAACAAGUUCAUGAUGUCAGAAGGCCACGUGGCAGAUAACAGUUUGAACGGUACCAGACCCAGAGUAGGCCGCCGCCACAGCAUGGAGAACAUGGAACUGAUGAAGUUAACACCAGAAAAGGUUCAGAACUGGAACAGUGAGAUUCUUGCUAAACAGAAACCACUAGUUGCCAAACCUUCAGCAAAACUGCAUUUUGUAAAUCGACUAAAAGGCAAAAAGUACAAAACCGCCACCGCUUCCAAAGUUUUGCAGGAUGCCAGUAAUUCUAUUGAUCAUCGACUUCCAAACUCUCAGAGGAAAAACGGUCGGGAGACGAUGGCAGAUGAAGGGUUCUUCGAUCUGCUGAGCCGAUUCCAGAGUAACAGGAUGGAUGACCAGAGAUGCUACUUCCAGGAGAAGAACAGACUUUCAGCUGCUUCAGUGGCAACAUCCUCUACCCCACCUAAAACAAUGAGAAAAUCCUUCUCUACUUUGGUAGUCUCGCCCCACACGGAGGAGUUUCUAGACCUGCUUGCCAGCUCGCAGAGCCGCCGGCUGGACGACCAACGCGCCAGCUUUAGCAACCUGCCUGGGCUCCGCCUGAAUCCGCGCAACAGUCGCUCGGUCCUGGGUCACCUCAUGGCGAGCAACAACAGGGACCUGGAUGACGACUUCUUUGACAGAUUGAUAAAAUGCCAGGGUUCCAGACUGGAUGAUCAAAGAUGUGCUCCUCCAUCAUCUGCCAAAGGACCAACCGUACCAGACGAGGAUUUUUUCAGCCUGAUUGUACGAUCACAAGCUAAGAGAAUGGAUGAACAAAGAGUCCAUUUACCCUCAACUAUAGAGGCACCCAAGUCCAGCUGAAGAAGCAGGCACGCACUUACAGCAGCAUCUUAUGUCUGUUCUUCCAGCAAACAAAAAUGAUACCUGCCUUUUUACACAAGACUGUAAAUAGUAGUUUUGUCCCCUUUCUAGUUGUUUUUUGUAUAA